GAUACCUACUGUCGUCUAGGUUUCUGCCUGUGUCGACCAUCCGUCACCCGUUCAGUCGGACCCGAAUUGUUGUGAUAGACCAGAGCCUUCCCCGGAAGGCCCCGCAUAAAACCAGGCGUCAUGGCGGACGUCCGGUCCAAGAACCUCUACGAGCUUCUUGGCAAUGAUCCUGAAUUGGACCCCAACAGAGAGCCUGAGCCUCCCACGAGGGCUGUAGACAGACCUGCUCCCCGUGUUGGCAAGCGCGAAGCUCCCAAGGAAGCUCCCAGCACCCAGCCCCGUGCCGAGAACAACAACGCUCGCCGUGGUAACCGUGCCACUGGCAACGAGGCCGCUUUCCGCGACCGCAACGCCGGCCGCACCAACAACCGCGAGAAGGCCACCGAGGACCCCAAGGAGGGCCAGCGCCACGGCUUCCGCGCUCGUGGUGAGCGUGGUGAGCGUGUCCGCCACGACCGCCAGUCCCGCACCGGCCAGACCGACACCCGCAAGCAGGUGAACCAGGGCUGGGGUAACCAGAGCGGUGACAAGACCUGGGACGAUGAGAAGGCCGGAGAGGACAUCGCCCACAAGGACGAGAACGAGCCCCAGACUCCCGCCGCCGAGGAGGAGCCUGCCGACAAGUCCAAGUCCUUCGCCGACUACCUUGUCGAGAAGGCUGCCCAGGAGGACCUGAGCGCCAAGCCCGUCCGUGCCGCCAACGAGGGCUCCAAGCUCGACAAGAAGUGGGCCGCCGCCAAGGAGCUCAAGCCCCGCGAGGAGGAGGAGGCCUACAUCAAGGGCAAGGAGGAGAAGUCCAAGCGCGAGAAGCAGCGCAAGGAGAAGAACGUCCUCGAGGUUGACAUGCGCUUCGUCGAGGCCCCCCGCGGUGGUGCCGCCAACGGCCCCCGUGGCCGUGGUGCCCGCGGCGGUCGCGGCGGCCGUGGCGGCCGUGGUGGUAACAACACCAACGCUCCCCGCCCCAGCGGUGCUGCGACCAGCGGCGCUUCCGUCACCGUCGACGAGAAGAACUUCCCCAGCCUUGGUGGCAAAUAAAUGUGUUCAUGCCUAACCCAACCACCGUCAUGUCCCAUGUCGAAGAAAUCUUGCGUGUGUGCGCGUGUUUUAUUUUAACUAAAUAACUCACCCCCUCUGCCCGGUUCCAAAAAAACGAAAAUUUUUUUAUUAACUCGC